UUUGAUGACACUUCUUCUGACUUAGUUACCCUAGAAUUCUGACAGUUGCUUGAGAAGAGAGAUACCUACGUUAACCUAUAGCUAAAUGACCUUUUUGAUGCUCAAAACAUCUCUUAUUUCUUUCCUACCAAAUGGUCAAGAUAAUGCAAAGAUGUAAUAGUCCUCCACAUUCUUAACUUUUUGAUUCCGCCAGCAAACGAAAGGAUCUUUGAACUUUUGAGUUUCCUUCCCACCAUAUAGUGAUUUUGUUAAUAACAUUUGGAUGCAUGUCUUAUCUUAGGCAUUCUUCUUUCUUUCCCGUUCUUUGUUAUAUAUCUCACUAAACGUGUGACUUUUUGGUGCAACCAUGAGGUCCCAAUUAGCAUAGUGAUUGGGUGAGAUUUGUAAAGAAGCAUAUUUUUGUGUAGAUUCUUGACUUUUGAUAUUCUUGUUUUCCCACCAAAAAAAUGAUUUUAUCUUAAAAAUAUAUGCACUAAAUGAUUUAGCUAGUUGAAAAUCUUCUUUCAAGGACCUAAGAGAAAAUUUAUUUCGUCAUCCAACUUAGUAGAUCUGAUAACAAUCUGGUGGUGCUCCUUCGUACUGCGGUAAAGAUGCGUCAUGGGUAAAAGCUUAAAAGAUAACAUAACCUUCAUAUGUAUAUGGUAAUUGGAAAAUGAUAUGUCCCAGGGCACUUGGAACCUUUUCUCCUAUAACAUUUGUAAGUGUGCGGGGCUCAAAUCAUGAAUUGGUUUUGAUUGGUAUAUCAGUGUAUAUUAAUUUACCUAGAAAGAAUUGCAGAUCUGCGACGAUUGAGUUUUCUUUAUAUCUAUUGUUGCAUUUCCAAUACGGUGCUGAUAAUGCAGUCUCCAUUCAUGCCAGUGAACUACCCUAAUUUGUACAUCAUUCUUUUUUAUGUUUCAUGGUAGUAGAUAAUUCUUUUUUUUUUCAUGGUAGUAGAUAAUUCUGUGUUUUUUUCAGGACUCGUUGUUCCAGACGUUCCUCUAGAGGAAACUGAAAUGUUGAGAAAGGAAGCUGCUAGGCAUAAUAUUGAAUUGGUAUUGCUUACAACACCAACUACUCCAAAAACUCGCAUGAAAGCCAUUACUGAAGCUUCAGAAGGAUUUGUGUAUCUUGUAAGCUCAGUCGGAGUUACUGGAGCUCGUGCUACUGUGAGUUCUAAGGUUCAGUCUCUCCUGAAAGACAUUAAAGAGGUGCGUUUUAAGCUUCUUAUAUUUCCCUCAUAGAUCCUUCGUAUCCUUGAUGCUAAGCUGAUAUAUCUUAAACUCUAAUAUACUGUGAUGGCCUUCAAAAUUUGGUAUGUUGCGGAAAGAUACAACACUCAGCAUGCUACACCUUUCCUCGGAUUAUGCCAAGAACAAUGAUGAAAUUUCAAACUCUUAAUUGCACAGUCAAUUGUGCGUCACUAGCUUUUCUAAACUUCAGAUAUUUGCUUCUCUUUCUUUCUUCCGAAUUUCCAUCCAAAUGAUCAUGAUUAGCUAACAUUCAAUUAGAAUCCGCAAAUCCUCUUUUUUUUCCCCUCAACUAUUAUUGAUAUCUAUUUAUUACUAACAUAAAAAAAUUACAUCAUUACAAAGUUAACCUUACUAAUGGUGAACUCUUUUAUUUGACAAGCAAAUUAAUAUUUCAUUGAGCCAAUAAAUUAAAAUUGGACACUUCAUCAAAAAAUAAAUAAAUAAAAAUUGGACACACGGUCACUUCCACCAAACUGCCUGCACAAUACAAUAACACUUUCCAUCUUGAUAUUUUUAUCACCGUUGAUUCAUCAUUGCUGUAAACCAUUUUUAUCACCUCAAAUAAUCCCUCUCAAUUUUCAAUUACUCAUUUCUCACGAACAGAAGCAAAGAGACUUCAUACAGUCACAUGUACUCACACCAAUUCCAUUUUCAGAAACCUUCUCUGCUAUUUCUACCCAAACAACUGAUUAUACAAAGGAAAGAAUGAACGAGAGAGAAGGAUAAAUCACUACUUCUUUGAUCUGUUUCUUUUAUUUCCACCUUUUUGAUUGAUCAUAGACAAAGCAUUAAAGGAGUUCUCCAUUGCCUCUUCCAUUCUCAUAACCAUGUUCUCGUUUUCAUCUAACCUAGGGAGAGGUCUCUGGAAUUAUCCUUUUACUUAAAUCA